GAAAGGUGCAGACAAUGUUACCAAACAUUGACUGAUUGAUUGAUUUAGCAUUCAUUUUAUUUUGGUCAUAUAUUUAGUAGCCUAUAUGAUCAAUGCUAUAUGUUUUUGUGUUUUCAUUUGUUAAGAUUACUUUUGUUUGGUUUGAUUGAUCAUUCAUUGGUUGUAAGGCUACAACCCCAGCAAAUCUAUAUUUAACUGCUUUCUUAUUUGCUUUAUACUUCUUCCUUUCAGAUCAUCUCCAGAAAUGAACUACAGCUUUCUCUUUAAGUUAUUCCUAACUGGGCUCUGUCUUACUGUACUGGGUAUUUAUAGUAUACAAAGUGGAUUUCUGGAUGUUACAGAUGUCACAAGAAGACUGUUGCCAUCAGGCACCAGGCGCCUCCAAUUUUCUAAGCAAAGACUGUCUGACCACAACAUUGGGCCAUUUCCCAGCAAAAAUCGUUCAUCUUGUUCCUGUGAAGGAUACACUCUAAAUGCUCAACAUGUGCCGGCGGAUGAACUGGAAGACCUUCAGAGACGUCGGUCUGAGGAGUACCGUCAAUACCAGCUCAGGAUGGGGACAAAAAUGGAGUCACUUAUACUAGCCCAACCCAACUCACCCCUCCAAUAUCCCAUUCAGGGUUUCGUAGUGGCACCUCUUGCAAAAACUGUGAUACCAGGUUUGGCUCUGCAUGCACAAAAAAGAAGACUAUAUAAGGUGUCUUUGAGUGUGAAUAAAGGAGUACUCUCCGUGGAGGAUCCUCUGGAUGGAGAUCAGGUGGAGGGACAGGGUCGGAGUAAUCUGACCAUCUCAUCCAGCAACCUCACACAACUCAACGAUCUGCUCUCCAGAGUGACCUACACCAGCACCAUCUACCACAUCAAGACUAAAGAUCUGGUUAAUUUUUCUUUUGAGGAAUAUGAGGCCAUAUUUUCCAUUGUGAUCAAGAGACCAUCAGUUCCUGUUCUGUAUGACCCAGGGACAGAUAUUAACUCACAGGUGACCAUAACAACCAAGACCUUUCUGAGAUAUGACGAGCUGAACAUCCUCAUCAACAGCAUCCGACAGUUUUACCCUGAAAUCAAGAUCAUCAUUGCAGACGACAGCCUGGAGCCGCAAAACGUGACUGGUUACAACUUAGAGCAAUACAUUAUGCCUCCUGCACAGGGCUGGUUUGCAGGCAGGAAUCUGGCUGUUUCUCAGGUCACCACUAAAUACUUCCUGUGGGUUGAUGAUGACUACAUGUUCAAUAACAAUACACGGAUUGAAAGCUUUGUGGAGAUAAUGGAAAAAGCUCCAGAACUGGAUGUGGUUGGUGGUGCAGUGGAAAGAAAUCAGUUCUUUUUCCGCCUUCAGUACGAUGAAGGGGAUGAAGAGGAGGGUGGUUGUCUCAGACGUUUGCAUAGGAAGAAGAUGCAAUCAGUUCCAGGCCUUAACAGCUGCAUCUUUGUAGAUGGGGUCGUCAACUACUUCCUGGCACGGACAGAUGCGGUGCGACGGGUUGGCUUUGAUCCAUUUCUGAAGCGGGUGGCUCACACUGAGUUUUUUCUAGAUGGUCUUGGAGAUUUGCUGAUUGCCUCUUGCAAAGGACUUUCAGUCUCCCAUCAGAAGAAACGCAAGCAAAGCAAUUACAGGCGCUUUAGGUUUCCAGGACAAAAAGAUGGAAGAAACAAACUGGCCCAUCAUUAUUUCAAGAAUUAUUUGAAAUGCAUCAGGUACUGAGAGACUUUUGAGGAGAAGGGUGACCAUUCUCCCACUGAGACCAAACUGAAAACUGGAACUCAUUAAAGGGGUGGUUGAUUGCGAUUUCACUUUUUGAACGUUAGUUAGUGUGUAAUGUUGCUGUUUGAU